AAUUACAACACAAUACUAUUUAUAUGCUUCACAAUAGGAUGUCAAUUUCAUACAAUAAUAAUGAAUUGGACAGCUAAGACCGUGUUUUAUGUUUUAUUUGGGAGUUUAUUAAACGGAAUUAAUGCUGCCACAUCUUCAACCUGUUCUGAUAUUCGUGUCGUCGACCUUUCUCAUGUACAUGGACCAAAACCCCUGACGGCUCCAUUCUUUCCGCCAUACAGUUUUGAAAUUGUAAACAGAUCCAUCAGCCCGGCACUUGGGGGUAAUUGGUUCGAAACAAACUAUAUUAAAACAUCAGAACACAGCUCAACACAUAUAGAUUCCCCUUCACACUUCUUCAAAAACAGACUACGCAUGCACGAACUUCCAUUAGAAAAGUUAUAUGGCCCGGGAGUUAUCAUAGAUGUCAGAAAACAAGUCUCGAAGAAUUCGAACUACAAAAUUCAAAUUUCGGACAUAAGGCGAUGGGAGUCAACCCAUGGACGAAUCCCAAACGGAGCAGUUGUUCUGUUAAAUUCCGGAUGGGAUAAAAGAUACCCGGAUCCGAGUGUCGUUUUUAAUACUAAAACCACUUCCGAUAUAACUUCAUAUCGAUUUCCAUCCUUUGAAUUCAAUGCAAUUACAUUUUUAGCGAAAUUUCGUUCUGUUCACAUAGUGGGGAGUGAUACUCCGGCUAUUUACUUGAAUUCCGCCAGAAUUGAUUUGUCUGGAUUUACUUUUUUGUUUCAAAGAAAUAUUCCAGUAGUAUUAAAUGUUGCCAAUCUAGACAGAAUCCCUCCUUCAGGGUCAACCGUAUUUAUUCCAGCUAUAAACAUAUAUGACGGGAGUGGAGCACCGGCAAGAAUAUUUGCAACAGUUCCUGCAUCCAAAAUGGUAAAGAAAUAUUAUGGUUAAGCUGAUAAUACUUCGUGUGGGUC